UUAAUAACCGAAAAUCUCUGAUCCAGAGAGAGCAUGAUUGUCGGACUUCAUGCUUACUUCCAUAAUUAAAUUACCAAAAAUCUUUCUUCUUCUUAAAUCUUUCCCAAUCCCGUCGCUGUCGGCAGAUGAUCAAAACUCUUUCAAACUAAUUUUCCUAAUUUCAGCAGCAAGAAAAAUUUUAAAAAUGCAGCAACGAUGGCAGAAGAAGAAGAAGCAUUUCCCUCUCAUCGCGCUCGCCUUCUUUGUUUUCAUAGCUUUCUCAAUUUUGUGCAGUGAGUCCAAUAUUCGAGUGAUUCAUCAGCACCGAGCUCGCAGCGAUAGGAAUGUGGAAAAGCAGCGCUCUAGUCUCAGUCAGAAUGGUUCUUUGUUCUAUUCCACGCCGGCCCACACCUUUAAUCUUUCACAGAAACCACCAGUGGGCUUAGAUAAAUUUACUACGUGCGCUACCACGGUGAGGUAUAGUGGCAGGAGGGCUGUUUCGGCCAUCCAUAGGGAGGAGCCCGGUGGUAGGAGGGCGGUAUCUGAAGUGGAAGGUUGUGAUUUCUUUUCUGGGAAGUGGAUUUUGGACAAUGUGUCUUAUCCAUUGUACAAUGAGUCUCAUUGUCCGUACAUGUCGGAUCAACUUGCCUGCCACAAGCAUGGGAGGCAAGAUUUAGGGUAUCAGUUUUGGCGAUGGCAGCCGCAAAACUGCAAUAUGAAGAGGUGGAACGCAUUGGAAAUGUGGGAGAAAUUGAGGGGGAAGAGGUUGAUGUUUGUAGGAGAUUCACUCAAUCGAGGGCAGUGGAUAUCGAUGCUGUGUCUGUUGCAGUCUGUGAUUCCACGGGAUAAGCAGUCCAUCACGCCCAACUCUGAACUCACAAUCUUUCGAGCAGAGAACUACAAUGCCACUAUCGAGUUCCUCUGGGCGCCUCUUCUUGUGGAAUCCAACUCCGAUGAUGCAGUUGAUCAUCGCAUGAACGAGAGGAUACUGCGUCCGGAUGCAAUUCUCAGGCACUCAUCGCGAUGGGAGCAUGCAGAUAUACUGGUUUUUAAUUCGUAUCUGUGGUGGAGACAGGGCUCGGUGAAGCUGUUAUGGAGCGAUGAUGAGAAUGGCGCAUGUGAAGAAAUUAGUGGCCUCGGAGGCAUGGAGUUGGCCAUGGAAACGUGGGCCGAUUGGGUGGCCUCACACGUUGAUCCACAAACGAAGAAGGUUUUCUUCGUCACAAUGUCGCCUACACAUCUAGGGAAGUACGAGUGGGAGGCCGGGAGCGAGGGCAACUGCUACAACGAGACACAGCCUAUACACGACGAAAGAUACUGGGGAACUGGCUCGGACUUGCCCACGAUGAGAAUGAUCGAGAAGGUGCUGAGCCGGGUGAGUUCGAAGGUUUCGGUUCUCAACAUCACUCAGCUCUCCGAGUACAGGAAAGACGGCCAUCCAACCAUUUACCGUAAGUUUUGGGAGCCGUUGGAGCCUGAGAAAGUGACGAACCCUGCCAGCUACUCCGACUGCAUCCACUGGUGUCUGCCCGGGGUGCCCGACGUCUGGAACGAGCUGCUGUUCCAGUUUUUGUAACAGGGUGUUGUUGGUUUUGCAUAUGUAGAUUUCAAGAAAUUGUGUAGUAGAAGGAAUCUUGAAACAUUUAUGGAGUUUGCAGAUUGAUUUUGUGGGUGUAAUGAGCAGUUUAUUUACUCAUCUUAAAAGAUGAGAUUUGAGCUUCUGGUAAAUUUCAAUACAUAUGUUCCUAUCUAAAAAGCAA